AAAUAUAAAAAAAAUUGCUGCUGGCAACUCCUCAGUAGAUGUCAUUGUCAUUUGUCAAUUGUCAUUUGUCAAAUCGAAAAAAAAGUAGUUGUGAGACAUCGUGAGACAUCUUUUUCUUUUCUAAAAUUAAUUUUCAAUUUUCCUUUGCACAAGGUUAACCACAGUCAAAACUCACAAUGCCAGAACUGACAGAGUUGGACAAGGCCACCGCCUCAAUGACAGAGAAGCGCAAAGAAGAGACAGCGUCGUCAGACAGUGACUCUGAUGACACCAUCCCAGAGUUGGAGGAUGCAGGGGCGCCAGGCGCGGGCGGCAUCACAAACCCGAUCGCGGGCAUUGACAUCGUGUCAAAAGCGAAACAGUCGCGUGGGGAGAAGAAGGCGCGCAAGAUCAUGAGCAAACUCGGACUUAAGCCUGUGCAAGGAGUUAACAGGGUAACAAUAAGGAAAUCAAAGAACAUCCUAUUUGUCAUCAACUCCCCAGAUGUAUACAAGAACCCACAUUCUGACACCUACAUUGUGUUUGGUGAAGCCAAGAUCGAGGAUCUGUCACAGCAAGCGACAAUGGCAGCUGCGGAGAGGUUCAAGGCACCAGAAACACAGACCGCAGGAAACGAUGCAGCCACUGCUGGCACUACGGUAGCACCAAUCGCAGAAGAAGAAGACGAAGAGUGUGUGGACGAGACGGAGAUUGACGAGAAGGAUGUGGAGAUAGUGAUGACGCAGGCCAACGUGUCGCGAGCGAAGGCGGUGCGCGCGCUCAAGAACAACCAGUCCGACAUAGUGAACGCUAUUAUGGAGCUGACAAUGUAGGCUUCGUAUGUAGUCACAAGAAUUAUUUUAUAUGUUCUUAGUUUUAAGACGCCAGUAUAUAUCCACCAAAGUCAAUCUCAAGGGAAGUGAAACUGAAUUUGUUUUGGAAUGAUUAUGGGAUUGUAUAUAGUGUUAUUUACUUUGAAAUACAUUAUAGUAUUCUAAAUCAAA